AUGGACGUCUACACAACCUCCUUCACUUAUCCACGCCGGGCGCGCAACAUUCAUUCUCCUUCCUCGUCCCUCGAUUUUCCCCAGCAGCACCACAACAUCCAGGACACUUAUGCCAACAACCAGUUUCACAACCAGGGCCAACUCCCAGACCCCGCUCUCUCAGCAGACAGCGAGGCAAUCCAGAAGCUCGCUCUCAUGGUCAUGUCCCUCCAUGGCUGCCAUGUCUCUUACCAGCCAGUCGACCAGGGUCGUGCUUGGAACUUUCUCAUUACCGGAGCGUAUCAGCAGCACCGCUCGACCAUCAAGGUUACGCGCUCCGAAAUCCUCGAUUCUCCCUUCUCCAAACCCUCCUUGAAGCCAGAAGUGCGGCGCAGGUUGGACGACAUAGCCUCACAGACCAAUGCCCAUAUCGCAGUGGUCAACAGUCCAAACUCUCUCUCAAACCGCACGCCCCCAGAUGGAAUCAGCAGUAACGCAGGCUGGUCAGGCCUCGAGACCGAGCGUGUGUGCGAGCUGGUGAUCACCGGCUCAGAGGAUUCUGUCUCCCUCGCCCGGGUCCGAUUACUCGUUAUGCUCGACGAACUGAGUGGGCUCCAUGCCGAAAUGUGCGAGAUUGACCAGAAGCUCCAUGCUAUCGUCGCUGGUCGCAAGCGCAACACACUUCAAACUAUUCAAGAGGAGACUGCCACCAAUAUCUAUCUUCCGUCCCCGCUGCAAGGUCUCGUUGGUCCUGAUCCAGCCGCGUCCGGUGGAGCUAACCUGGGAAACACUCGGAAUAUCAUCUGGAUUACGGGAGAGUUCUUUGGCGUUCAGAGGGCGCGGGAUAUGCUGUAUCAGGUUUCUUUGCAAAAGGCAAAGGGUAUCAUGUCCAGAGACACGGCCAUCCUGCCACGAAAACUAGAUUGGAUGGUCACUGACCAUGCUGAUGAACUCAAGACUAUCAUGGCCGACAACGCAACCUUUAUCCAGUUCCCUCCCAUCGGCAGCUCUACCAGUCUAAUCACAGUCUAUGGCGACCACCGUGUCAACAUUCAGCGAACGAUUCGCUCGAUCAUGGGAUUGGCCUGCACAUACUAUGUCGGAUCUUUCUGGCUCCUCCCGAUUCAGUUCAAUGCGUUGCUACCCCCCGCCACACUCAACGCGUCCACGGUCGCGACCCUUCUCAAGCAAAUCUCCGUUGCCUCCGGAGCCGAGGUUGUCUUUAAGAGUAUGUGCUUCGAACUUCACGGCUUGGAAAACGAAGUUCGGGCUGCGGUCAACAUGAUCAUGGAACUUGACAUUGUCAAGGCAUUCCAUCACGAGAUACGCUUUCAAAUAGAAUUGGCCAACGAACACCGGGAAUUCAUCAGUGGAAAGAAGAACGGAAAGAUCAACAAGAUUAUGCAAACCACGAACGUCAAGAUCAAGUUUGAAACCUUUAACGACCAUAAUUUCUUGAUUGAUAUCGCAGGGCCUGAUAGUUCUGUCUUGCAAGGGCUUACCCUCCUUCAAGAGGAGCUUCCCGCCGAGAUAUCCUUCCAUGUUCCCGAGACGUACCACAAGCGCAUCAUCGGUGUCGGUGGCCGCAGCAUCCAGCGCAUUAUGAAGAAGUAUGGGGUGUAUGUCAAGUUCUCCAACGCUGAAGAGUUUGCCGCUCUUGGAGGAUAUAACGAUAAUGAAGAUAACGUCGUCGCUCGAACGCCCGCCAAGAACGCCAUCAACCUGGAAAACCUCAAGCAAUCUGUUAUGGAGCUCGUGAAUCCCAAGGAUAAGGACUAUGUUGACGAGACAGUUUCUAUUCCCCGCCGAUAUCACCGCACUCUCCUGGGCGAGAAGGCGAUAUUUAUUCAUGAUAUCGAGCAAAACACCAACUCGCGCGUUAGGUUCCCUGACAAGGAAACUGCGUCUGAUAUUGUGACCAUCUUUGGUCCUGAGAGUCAGGUCCAAAUCGCAGUGGCUAUGCUUCUGGACCACGUCCCAUUCGAAGCAGAUAUGGCCGUCCCACCGAACCCCGAUCUCCCUCGUCUCGUCUCGACACCCGAAUUUUCUGCCCUGGUGGAACGCGUCAAGCGCGAAUUGCAGGUCUCAAUAUCGCCCAACUUCAAAAAUGCAGCACCCUACGCCAACGGAAACUCCGUUCCCGAACCCUCCACAGACUACUCGUUCAAGUUUAGGUGUCAACGGAGCAAUAGCGACUUCCUCAUCACCGCUCGUGAGAUGCUCGAGCAAUUCUUGCUCAACCACAACAUCCACGUCUACCCUUCGCCUACUUCUCACACACACAAGCGGGGCGACUCGUUUGCGGAAGCGUUCCCCCACUUUGACAGCAAGGUCUUGUCGGCUGCUCGGACUCGUGGACAUGAAUCGAUGGACCUGUCGUUGGCUCGAUCUGACGUGAUUGGCGAUCGACGACUCAGGCUCGCGAAUUCGUCCCCGGAUGUCAAGGCGCUGUUCAAUUCGCCUGCCUACAUCUACAAUUUGGCGCAAAGUAAUCAGCAGCAGGAGGAUCCGGAUACGAACUUCAUUCCUAGUUCGGGAGGAUCAGAAGUUGAUCAUUGGACACCUUUGCCGCCUAUCGGUUCGGGCGUGCAUCGUACCCGCCAUAGCGAGGAUGCCAUCAAGCGAGGUUCCGACUCGCUCCUCGAGGCCAAGCUCAAGGACCAACUCUCUAAACCCCGCUCGCUCAACAACCGCGCACAAUCGCUUGACCUUACCUACUCCCUCUCGCGUAUCACUGAGAACUCGGGUAAUAUUCCUCAGCCUGAAUCGCCUACCACUUCGACCGGCGACACGGGUGGAAACUCGAGUCCUAGUUCAGUGACGGUCCCGUUGUUCCCUAGCGUGUACGGUCCGCCGAGUCGGUCGUCGUUGGGCUCGAACCCGCCUAUGACUCGUGGUGAAGGGGAUGAUCAAGCUACGCCUGUCGAUGAAGUCACCCGUGCUAUUUCUGGGCUUGGGUUGUAA